AUGGCACGUCUUUCUGCCCUUCCUUCUCUACCUCCACUAUCUCAGCCGCCGUCUUCGGGUAUCCGGACUCUUUCCUACCCUUCCAUCGCUUUUAAGGCUUCACGUCAAGAUAAUGGCUCGUCCGGGAGGCAUAGGGUAGGGCUCUGCUUUACCGAGAAUGGUCAAGGAGUUCUCGAAGACGGUAUCAAUCCGGGAGCCCUUCGAGCUUGGCCAAAGAUGGAAUGUAUCAGGAUAUUAGUUCGGAAUGGUGUUUCUAUAUGUUAUCCUGACCUUAAUCAAGGCCCGUCUUGGAUUGAAGGACAAAGAGCCCUCGACAACAUGCACAUUCCAUUGAUGCUCCCGCUCUCUAUAAAGCGAAAGCUCCCUUUUGGUACGAUCAAUUCCCCAGCGCGACUCCUUCCAGAUCGUCGAUGUCCUCCCCUAUCGACCUCGGCAAGACUUGGAGAGCAGUGUCUCCAAUCGGCGCUGGUCAUCGUUUGCUUCGGAUUCAGUGACACGACGGAUCGGAUCGGAACCUCGUCCCCGACCGACCCACUCGUGGAAAGAGGCGGCGUGGCUAAUGAUAACUAUGACCCCAGGGUUCAGGAUCUAUAUUUUCCUUCAACGCGUGCACCUAACUUUAGCGUCGUCACCGGCAGUCGUGUUAUGGCUGACUACGGGUCGCUUAGAAGGAUCUUGGACGAUUCUCUACGGGGAUGUCUGUGUUUACACCGACGUUAUCUGGAAGACGGGGAAACCAACAAGUACCCAAUUCCUGGAAACGGCGUAAUUGCUGCCUCUGCAUUCGAUGUCAAAGAGUAUAGGCGUAUCGAGUCUGGCGACCUAUCUCCGCGCAUGGAUGGAGCAAGGUAUCAGGUCGCCGAUUCAGACAGGAACAAAUCGAUACCAUCAGGGAAAGAAGCGUCACCCUGCGUGAGGAACGAAGUGGACGACAUCGGAUAUUACAUCUAA